GACACCCGUGUCUAGAUAGCAGCACCAUGUCUUCCUCUCCUAUCCUCGUCGACCGCGUCCCCGAGCUCCUCACUCGCACGGAGCCGCUCUCGCCUUCGCUGCUCGCGUCUCUCGCCGUCGGGCCGGAUCCGACCAUCGUCGAGCUUCCGGCGGGGACCGAGCUGCACAGCCUCGUUGCUUCGCACGUGAUGAAGCACGCCAGCGCGGCGAGGUCGUUCGGCAUGCGCGUGGGCUCUGGCAACAGCCGCUGCUGCGAUGGCAGCGACAGCGAGGACGACGACGACGCGCAGAGCCGCGUCGCCACCAAGGUGCUCGGCCUCGGCACGUUUGAGUUCACCUUUGAGUCAGCCAAGAUCUUUGCGGUGCACCACACGCUGGGCGAGGUGGUCGGCACGAAUUGCAGCGCAUCUCUCAUGCGCACGCUCGUGCUCGUCUCGGACGCCGACAUCAGCGCGCUCGUCCGCUUCUGCGACCAUCUCAUCGCCAGCGCGGACGCCUGCACCGGCAACGUCUUCAACAUCUUCCGCUGGCACGUGCAGCAUCAGUAUUGGCACAAGGCCGAGACGGCGCAAGCUCGGCCCGUGGAGUCGGUGGUGCUGCCCGCGGAGCUGAAGAGCAAGCUGGUAGACGACAUCGCUGACUUUGCGGCGCCGGCGACCAAGCAAUGGUACGUCCAGCACGGCAUCCCGUACAAGCGGUCCUACCUGCUGCACGGCUCGCCGGGCGCGGGCAAGACCUCCAUCAUCCAGGCGCUCGCGGGCCGCUUCAAGCGCAACGUGUGCUACUUCUCGUCGCUCUCGCACCCCGAGAUGACGGACGACGGCCUCAAGAGCGCCGUGCAGAGGGUACCAGCCAAGUCGAUCCUCGUCUUUGAGGACAUCGACGCCGUCUUCACGGGAGGGCGCGGCAAGAAGGACGGAGACAAGUCCGCGGUGACCUUCUCCGGCUUGCUCAACGCGCUCGACGGAGUGGGCGGCUCUUCGGGGCAGCUCUUUGUGCUCACCACCAACCACCGCGAGCGGCUCGACCCCGCGCUGAUCCGCAACGGCCGCGUUGACAUGCACGUCCACUUCUCCGACGCGACUAGCGAGCAGAUGCGGAUGCUGUUUGCGCAGUUCUACCCAAAGGCGGAGCCAGCCCUUGCCGCGGCCUUUGAGGAGGCGCUGACCGCCGAGCUGGGCGAGAGGACCGUCUCGAUGGCGCAGCUGCAGGCCUACUUUAUCCAGAUGCGCAAGCGACCCGCAGAGGCGGCCGCAGCGGAGGUGAAGAAGGUGAUGGAGGAGGUGGUGACACGCAUGAUCCGGGAGGAUGAGGGCGCGGCGUCCGAUGGCAAGACGCAGCCGGGGGAGGAGGCGGCGGCGGAGGAGGAGGCGGCGGUGGCGGGGGAGGAGAAGAAGGAGCCGCAGAAGGCAGCCGCCGCGGCCCAGCCCAGUAAGGAGGUGCACGUCCACGUGCAUGUCGGAUCGUGAACGUGAUCGAGGGCGAGCGGAGCCCGGUAGACCGUCUAGAGCCCGAACCUGGGAGCUGGUUUGUGUGUGGCUCGCGAGUGUCGCGAGAGCGCACGUGACUCGUGAGAGAUAGAGAAGUGACAAGAAGAAGUAUAGUGUACGAGAGGUGCCGCCCGAGACAUCGGAUAUAUGUGGGAG